CUGGAGAUUCGCCUUUUAUCUUCUCGCCUUCAUCGGUGGUCUUGCUGCACUAAUAGAUAAGCCCUGGUUGUAUGAUCUCGAGGAGAUGUGGAAAGGCUUCCCCACUCUGACUCUCCUGUCGUCUCAGUACUGGUACUACAUGCUGGAGCUGGGUUUCUACACCUCUCUUCUCUUCAGCCUGGCGUCGGAUGUCAAGCGUAAAUCUCAGUCAGCUAAGAUGUUUAACUACGCCCGAUGGAAGAACGCAUGCAACUACAUCUUCAUCCUGUUUGCUGCGAUCUUCAUCGUCACUCGCCUCAUCAUCUUCCCUUUCCGGAUCAUGUAUUGCACAUGGGUGUUUCCCGUGACCCUGUACCCUCCGUUCUUCGGAUAUUACUUCUUUAACGGGCUGCUGAUGGUUCUGCUGUGUCUGCACAUCUUCUGGGCCGUGCUGAUCAUACGCUUGGCCUUCCGCUUCUUGAGCAGUAACUCGUCGGUAGAAGACGAGAGGUCCGAUCGAGAGGAGAUGGACGAGUCCGAGGAGGAAGAACAGAUGAGAAACGGAGAGAUAAAGAAAAGCGGACCAGCUCAGAACGGCCACGCUACAUAUAACAACAACCACUCUAAAACAGAGUGACGUCCCGAGAGAAACCCAAAGAGAUUCUUCCUCUCCUGAAGCAGAGCAGAGACGAACACGCACACAUACAGUUACAGUCAUCACACGAACACCUCUCUCUGGAGGGACGAACAGAGAGCAGUGCUGCCUCGAUUGACAUAAGCUUACAGGAGCAGAUCACCUAGAAAUCUACAUCCUUUACUGAUGCCUCUCCAAACCUCGGUGACUUUCUUGCAAAGACUUUCAACCUGCUCUUCCCCAUACAAUGAAAAUCAAUGGUGACCACGACGGUCAAGCCAGAUUUGCCGUCUGUUCCUCACACAGAUCAGUGCUCGUCUCAUAUUGCUGCAUUUUUUUAUGCUGCGUCUUUGUGCUUUCUAGAGCUUGAAAUCCUUUCGUUUCAUUGUAUGGUAGACAGCUAUGGAAGCCAAUGGAAUACAUGAAUAAAAGGUCAUUGUGACAUUGUAUCUCACAAUUCAGACCUUGUUUCUCGCAAUUCUGAGAAAAACAGAAUUCCGAGAUUUAAAACUCAGAAUUCCACGCAAUUCCAGAGUUUAUGUCCCAUAAUUCUGAGUUUACAUCUCGCAAUAAUUAUGAGACGUAAACUCAGAAUUGCAAGAAAAAUGUCCGAAUUAUGAGAUAAAAAGUCGCAGUUACAUUUUUACAUUCCCUGGCGGAAUCAGGCUUCCAUAGAGAGCAGCUCUGACAUUAUGCGUAAAUGAUGACUGAUUAUUUUAGGUGACCUGUGCCUUUUAAAAGUGCCUUCCUUUGCCAUUGUUUGCUCUUUUUCAUGCCUUGUUUUUAGUUUUUAAUUUAAGAAACUGCAGAAACUUUUUCCAGAGUAUAACCAUUCAUCAAUAAUACCGAACACAUGUGAGUACCAAGUACAUCAGUUUGGUCUUAAAGUGCGGUCACAAUUCACUGGCAAAAAAGGUAAUAGUCUAUUGUCAGUAGUGUAGCGAUGUAUGAAGAACAUCUCGCACAGAAGUCACUUCCAAACCGAUUACGCGAGAUGGUCGAGUGCAUUCAAUGCAUUUUCACUCAUGGAAUAAAUUAAUCACGGCGGCUGGCAGUAAAUAAUGCAUUUCUGCAAUGGCAUUGGUUACUAGAAAGGUUUUGUUCUGUAUGAUGCUGCAUCUCUGACUCUGAAGUGUCAGGACGAUCAGGCAGAGCACCAAAGAAGUCACUGAGUGCAUCUUAUAAUAUGGCCGAAUGUUACUAACUUUCUAACGCAAAGGAGAAAACAUGCACUUCACUGCCAGUUCUCCUUCCAUUCAGUUUAUGAAUAUGAUAUUUAACCCAUAUUUUACUCUAAAGCUCCUAAUUAUGAACGACUCGUAUCGGCCAGUUGUAGCUCGGUCAUGUUCACACCGAUUCUAAAUAUAUGAACACCGUGCUUUCUUCCGUCUCGAGCAGCUGAGAUGAAUUCGGCUCUCCUCAUUUCUCUGAGGUGCAGGCUUUUCUCUCUCAAAGCGGCCAGUGCUGUCUACAUUCAUGAUUCAAUCCCACAGCUGCUUCAUCUGAAUCCGCUCGUUCACAUCGCGUUUCUGUGUCCUGCUCCGAUUUCAUCAUUCCUCCCAUGGUCCUCCGUCAGCCUCCCAUCAUUCUCUUCUCUACAUUGUUUCAGAUGCAGUCGACUCGAUUACAGUGUUAUCUUUAUUUUGUAUUUUCCUGUGUUUUGUAAUAUGAUAUUAUGGAGGAUGUUAACAAUAAAAUACUGAAUGUGAGUCACA